GCCCCCUGGCGGCCCGGAGGGGCGCGGCGGGCGCGGCGCUGACCCGGAGGCGGCGGCGGCGGUGCCCGGAUGGAGGCACGUCAUUGUCCCCCGCCGGGCGGCUGGGCUGUGUGCGGCGGCGGCGGCGGCGGCGGCGGCCGAGGGGGAUGGAGCGAGCGCCGAGCCGGGUCAGAGUUGAACAAUGACCAUAGUUGACAAAGCUGCUGAAUCUUCAGACCCAUCAGUCUAUCAGAAUCAGCCUGGCAGCUCUGAGGCAGUCUCACCUGGAGACAUGGAUGCAGGUUCUGCCAGCUGGGGUGCUGUGUCUUCAUUAAAUGAUGUGUCAAAUCACACACUUUCUUUAGGACCAGUACCUGGUGCUGUAGUUUAUUCAAGUUCAUCUGUACCUGAUAAAUCAAAACCAUCACCACAAAAGGAUCAAGCCCUAGGUGAUGGCAUCGCUCCUCCACAGAAAGUUCUUUUCCCAUCUGAGAAGAUUUGUCUUAAGUGGCAGCAAACUCAUAGAGUUGGAGCUGGGCUCCAGAAUUUGGGCAAUACCUGUUUUGCCAAUGCAGCACUGCAGUGUUUAACUUACACACCACCUCUCGCCAAUUACAUGCUCUCACAUGAACACUCCAAAACAUCUUGCUCUGACACUGCUCUGGCAGAGGAAGUGAUGUCAGAUGGAGUAGAAGCCCACAUUCCCCACUCAGCCUCCGUUGGCACCCCAGGUCAUGCAGAAGGCUUUUGUAUGAUGUGUACAAUGCAAGCACAUAUUACCCAGGCACUCAGUAAUCCUGGGGACGUUAUUAAACCAAUGUUUGUCAUCAAUGAGAUGCGGCGUAUAGCUAGGCACUUCCGUUUUGGAAACCAAGAAGAUGCCCAUGAAUUCCUUCAGUACACUGUUGAUGCUAUGCAAAAAGCAUGCUUGAAUGGCAGCAAUAAAUUAGACAGACACACCCAGGCCACCACUCUCGUUUGUCAGAUAUUUGGAGGAUACCUAAGAUCUAGAGUCAAAUGUUUAAAUUGCAAGGGCGUUUCAGAUACUUUUGAUCCAUAUCUUGAUAUAACAUUGGAGAUAAAGGCUGCUCAGAGUGUUAACAAGGCGUUGGAGCAGUUUGUGAAGCCGGAACAGCUUGAUGGAGAAAACUCAUACAAGUGCAGCAAGUGUAAAAAGAUGGUUCCAGCUUCAAAGAGGUUCACUAUCCAUAGAUCCUCUAAUGUUCUUACACUUUCUCUGAAACGUUUUGCAAAUUUUACUGGUGGAAAAAUUGCUAAGGAUGUGAAAUACCCUGAGUAUCUUGAUAUUCGGCCAUAUAUGUCUCAACCCAACGGAGAGCCGAUUGUUUACGUCUUGUAUGCAGUGCUGGUCCACACUGGUUUUAAUUGCCAUGCUGGCCAUUACUUCUGCUACAUAAAAGCUAGCAAUGGCCUCUGGUAUCAAAUGAAUGACUCCAUUGUAUCUACCAGUGAUAUUAGAUCGGUACUCAGCCAACAAGCCUAUGUGCUCUUUUAUAUCAGGUCUCAUGAUGUGAAAAAUGGAGGUGAACUGACUCAUCCCACCCACAGCCCCGGCCAGUCCUCUCCCCGCCCCGUCAUCAGUCAGCGGGUUGUCACCAACAAACAGGCUGCGCCAGGGUUUAUCGGACCACAGCUUCCCUCUCACAUGAUAAAGAAUCCACCUCACUUAAAUGGGACUGGACCAUUGAAAGACACACCAAGCAGUUCCAUGUCAAGUCCUAACGGGAAUUCCAGUGUCAACAGGGCUAGUCCUGUUAAUGCUUCAGCUUCUGUCCAAAACUGGUCAGUUAAUAGGUCUUCAGUGAUCCCAGAACAUCCUAAGAAACAAAAAAUUACAAUCAGUAUUCACAACAAGUUGCCUGUUCGCCAGUGUCAGUCUCAGCCUAACCUUCAUAGCAAUUCUUUGGAGAACGCUACCAAGCCCGUUCCCUCUUCUACCAUUACCAAUUCUGCAGUACAGUCUACCUCGAACGCAUCCACGAUGUCAGUUUCUAGUAAAGUAACAAAACCGAUCCCCCGCAGCGAAUCCUGUUCCCAGCCCGUGAUGAAUGGCAAAUCCAAGCUGAACUCCAGCGUGCUAGUCCCCUAUGGCGCCGAGUCCUCUGAGGACUCUGACGAGGAGUCGAAGGGGCUGGGCAAGGAGAAUGGGAUUGGUACGAUUGCGAGCUCCCACUCUCCCGGCCGAGAUGCCGAAGAUGAGGAGGCUGCUCCGCAUGAGCUCCAAGAACCCAUGACCCUAAACGGUGCUAAUAGUGCAGACAGCGACAGUGACCCAAAAGAAAACGGCCUGCCGCCCGAUGGUGCCAGCUGCCAAGGCCAGCCUGCCCUGCACUCAGAAAAUCCCUUUGCUAAGGCAAACGGUCUUCCUGGAAAGUUGAUGCCUGCUCCUUUGCCGUCUCUCCCAGAAGACGAAAUCUUAGAGACCUUCAAGCUUAGCAACAAACUGAAAGGCUCGACAGAUGAAAUGAGUGCACCUGGAGCAGAGAGGGGCCCUCCCGAGGACGGCGACCCCGAGCCCCAGCCUGGCAGCCCCGCCGCCGAAUCCCUGGAGGAACCGGAUGCGGCCGCCAGCCUCAGCAGCACCAAGAAGGCUCCGCCGCCCCCGGAUCCCGGCACUCCCACUACCAAAGAAGGCGCUUGGGAGGCCUUGGCUGCCGCCCCCGAAGAGCCUCCGCCCGGCGCUGGGCAGGACAUCGCGGGGGACACAGCGCCCCCUGACCUGUGUGAUCCCGGGAGCUUAACGGGCGACGCGAGCCCGCUGUCCCAGGACGCAAAGGGGAUGAUAGCGGAGGGCCAGCGGGACUCUGCGAUGGCGGAAGCCCCGGCGGAGUUGAGUCCGGCUCCGCCUGCGCGGUCGGAGGAGCCCUGCGAGCAUCCGCUCCUUGUUCACCCCAGCGGGGACCAUGCCCGGGACGCUCAGGACCUGCCGCAGAGCUCGGGCGCGCCCGAGGCCGCAGAGGGGCCGCCAGCUCCUGUGCCAGAGGCGGCGCCGGCCGGUCACUCGGAAGGGGACACAGAGCCUGGCCCGGGCCAGAGGGGCGAGGACGCCGCGGCGGCGCAAGCUCCAGGCCCUUCCCCGGUGAAGGAGAAAAUCGGCAGCCUCAGAAAGGUGGACCGAGGCCACUACCGCAGCCGGAGGGAGCGCUCGUCCAGCGGGGAGCCCGCCAGAGACAGCAGGAGCAAGACUGAGGGCCACCGCCACCGGCGGCGCCGCACCUGCCCCCGGGAGCGCGACCGCCAGGCCCGCCACGCUGCGGAGCACCACCCCGGCCACGGCGACAGGCCCAGCCCCAGCGAGCGCCGCUCUCUGGGCAGGUACAGUCACCACCACUCCCGACACCGGAGUGGGGCGGAGCCGGACUGGGUCAGACACCACUACACGGAGGGCGAGCAUGGCUGGGGCGGGGAGAAGUUCUACGCCAACAGGCCGCGCUGGGACAGGUGCCGGUACUACCAUGACAGGUACGCCCCGUACGCCGCCCGGGACUGGAAGCCCUUCCACGGCGGCCGCGAGCAUGAGCGGGCCGGGCUGCAUGAGCGGCCGCACAAGGACCACAGUCGGGGCCGUAGGGGCUGCGAGCCGGCCCGGGAGAGGGAGCGGCACCGCCCUGGCAGCCCCCGUGCUGGAGCGCCCCACGCCCUCGCCCCGCACCCCGACCGCUUCUCCCACGACAGAACUGCACUUGUAGCCGGAGACAACUGUAACCUCUCUGAUCGGUUUCACGAACACGAAAAUGUAAAGUCACGGAAACGGAGACACGACAGCGUGGAAAACAGUGACAGCCAUGUCGAAAGGAAAGCCCGGAGGAGCGAACUGAAGGACCCUCUAGAAGAGCCUAAAGCGAAGAAGCACAAAAAAUCAAAGAAGAAAAAGAAAUCCAAAGACAAACACCGAGACCGCGACUCCAGGCAUCAGCAGGACUCAGACCUCUCAGCAGUGUGCUCUGACGCUGACCUCCACAGACACAAAAAAAAGAAGAAGAAAAAGAAGAGACAUUCAAGAAAAUCAGAGGACUUUGUUAAAGAUUCAGAACUGCACUUACCCAGGGCCGCCAGCUUGGAGACUGUUGCCCAGUUCCAGAGAGCCCAGGGCGGCUUUCCUCUGCCCGGUGGCCCGCCUCUGGAAGGCGUCGGACCUUUCCGUGAGAAAACGAAACACUUACGGAUGGAAAGCAGGGAUGACAGGUGUCAUCUCUUUGAGUAUGGCCAGGGUAAGAGGAGAUACUUGGAAUUCAGAAGAUAGAAACUAUUUCUUAAUACAUUUUCUUUGCAAAGGGCGAGUAGUACAUAGAAAACCUCAGGUGGCAUCAGAGGGUGCAGUUACUCAGAUCACCCCUGCCAGACAGGGUCCGGCCUCGGUGCUCGUCCCUGCAGUGCGGUGCUGUUGCCCAGUUUGGCUCCUUAGCACCAAACCCUUAGCGUUUAUUGAAGGCCUAAGCGACACAGGACUGAGGGCAGCACCACCUGUGUGUCACCAAAGCCCUGGAACGUAUGGCUCUGGGCGUCUUGAGUGUUUGCCUCGCGAAGGACCAGAAAUCUUGGUUUUAUUUUAUUUUAUUUUAUUUUAUUUAUUUAUUUUUUGAGACGGAGUCUUGCUCUGACUCCCAGGCUGGAGUGCAGUGGCGCAAUCUCAGCUCACUGCAAGCUCCGCCUCCCGGGUUCACACCAUUCUCCUGCCUCAGCCUCCCGAGUACCUGGAACUAUGGGCGCCCACCACCAUGCCCAGCUAAAUUUUGUGUUUUUAGUAGAGACAGAGUUUCACCCUGUUAAACAGGAUGGUCUCGAGAACUCUUGGUUUUAAAGCAUUUUUGAUAGAAAUACUUUUACAGUAUAUACAUUACUCUCCUGAAUCCUUAAACCUGCAGCAUUCUGAGUGUGCCCUGGUGCUCGGUACUGAUUUGCUUGCUUGGGUGGUUAGAAGCACGGGCGUCGGCCUCUGCCUGACACCACAGAGGCGGUGUGGCGGGCCGCUGACUGUCACUGCCAGGUGUCCUAGAUUCUCUUCUGCCCUGUGGGGCUGUGUCUCUGUCAUGUGGCCACGCGCUGCGCUCUGACUGCACUUGAGGCAGCCUCCCCGCUUCCUCUCUGGUUGGUGUCCACUGACCACCGGUCCUGGAGAGGAGCUGUGAACCUGUUAGAAGUGGAUGUCACUCGAGUCAGUGGACCUAGAGCAGAAGUUGGCAAACUGCAGCCCUGUGGCCAGCUUUGGCCGGUCACCUGGCUUUGUAUGAACUUGGAGUGAAGAAUGAUUUUAACCUUUUUAAGUGGUUGGAAAUAAUCCCAAAGAAGAACAAUGCGUUUCACAUGAAAAUGAUGUGAAGUUCAGACCGCAGUGUCUGUGGCUUGAUUGGGGAACAGCCAGGCGCGUUCGCACGCUGUCCGGUGGCUUCGCUGUCACUGCCUGACAGAGGCGAGUGGCUGCAGCGGGGCAGGGACUGUGUGGCUCGCCAAGCGGAGAGUGUUUAUUAUUUGCCCCUCACAGGAAAAGUUGGUCAUCGUUACCUGAACGCCGGUUGUUUGCAUUCACGUGUGAAGCGCAUGCCCCCCUCCCAGGGACUUGUGACGAAUCAUCAGGGCUGCCCUGAGGCCUUUGCUUCUCGGCUGGCUGUAUCGUGGGUUAGGUGGGGCUGUGUGUUCUGGGGAAGGCCUGUCCCUGCCAGCAGCCUAGAGCCAGUGUGCAUUGUUGAUUGAGGGGCAGACGGUCCUUAGAGUGUGUAACAGAGAGCCGGGGCUGCGGGGCGAACUUGCCUGUGGAGUGCUGGGAAACAGCCGGAGCCCAGGACAGGCACCAACGCUGUCGGCGAGGGCGGGGAGCCGGCGAGGGCGAGGAGCCGGCGGGUCUUUGCUGUCUGUGUUGUAGACAUUCUGGACAUUUCAGAAUUGGUUUUGCCUUCCCAUUUCAGCGAGUCGGGGAAGGGGAUUCGUGAGGGCUGCUUGGUGCCCGAGGAUGCGGUGAAUGGGCUCAUUCUGCGUGUGGUGCGGGCUCCCAGGAUCGUGGGCUCCCAGCCGGGGCCGCUGGGAGACAGUGAUGGCCCCCAAGGCAACUGGUCCAGCAGGAGGGAGGUUGAACGUGAACUUGUUUGCGUCCUGUCUCGGGUGCUGUGGUCAGGCGUGUGUGUGGUGGCCUGCGUUUCCGUGCCCAUCCCACUGCACUGAUGACAGGGUUUGCAGCUGGCGCUUCUGCUGCGAGCACAGACUGAGGAGCCUUUCUGGUCCUCCCGAGAAGGCCGCUGCCCGGCCUCGCCUCACCCAGCGUCCUGUGGUCCUGCAGGCCCCCCUCUGCCCUGGACUUCGGCUCCUUGCCUUUCUCUUUCAGACUCCUCCUCUGGCUCUGUUCCGCCCAGUUCAGUUCUUGGGCCUGAGAUCUGUUGUCCUAAUGUCAGGGUGUGCGUGGGUUGGAUGGUGCCCUCAGUCUCAGUCAUCACGUAAACCCUUUGAUGUCAGUAAAACCCUGGGAGCAGCAGCUGAGCGCUGGGACAUCCCUGGUCACCUCGCAGGGAAGUGGCCUCAGCCACUCACAGGGAACCGCAGUGACUGACCAUAGCCACUUAAUGCAACGCAGAGCAGAGGCACUGGCAAUUUUGCAACCAUCAUUAAAGUCUGUUUCCUGACCUUUGCU